UGUCAAAUACUCGUGUUGCUCUUGCUUUUCACGAAGUAACGUAACAGUACGUCCGUUUGCUAAAUUUCAACUGUUUCAUUAAAUUUUGCUUAAUUUUCGCGUAAAAAAAACUAUAAGUUCUUUUUAAAAUGAUGCAUUUGCGUGCAGUCGGUAGUCUGUCGCUGCGGAAUUUCCGCAAGAUCUCAACGACAGUCGGUGUUCGGAAUGCUGAAGCCGCCGUUGCAUCCACUGCAGAGAAGUUGACCAUUCCAGUUCCGGAAGGAACAGAGAAACCGGCAAACCCAAAACUUGUGUCUAUUGUGGACAGCAUCGCCACUCUGAAUCUGCUGGAAGUGUCCGAGUUGAGCGGUCUGCUGAAGAAGAAACUGAACCUUCCCGAUGCUGCACUAAUGCCGGCAGGAUUUGGCGCCGGUUUCGCCGCCCCAGCUGCAGCUCCGGUGGAUGAGGAGGAAGCCGCCCCCAAGGUGGUGAAGACCACCUUCAAGGUGAAACUGGUCAAAUUUGACGACAAGCAGAAGGUGGCACUCAUCAAGGAAGUGAAGAAUCUGCUGGAGGGAAUGAACCUGGUACAGGCAAAGAAGUUCGUCGAAAGUGCCCCCACGAUCGUGAAGGAAGAUAUUCCGAAGGAAGAAGCGGAGAAGCUCAAAGAAGCGUUUACCAAAGUGGGCGCGGUUAUUGAAAUAGAAUAAAUAAGUCGUUUAAGUAUUGUGUAGUUCAAUAAAUUUUGGAUAUCUGUA